UGUGUGUGUGUGUGUGUGUGUGUGUGUGUGUGUGUGUGUGUGUGUGUGUGUGUGUGUGUGUGUGUGUGUGUGUGUGUGUGUGUGUAAGAGAGAGAAACAGUCACUUUCCGCGGUUCUCACGAGGGACGCCCUGCGCGUUCACAUAUUAGCGAUUCGCGCGGCCGUGUUUAAAAUACCGGCUCGAGCCGGUAAAGAGCUGCCAGAGUAGGCAGGAAUACUUCACUGAAGACAGAGGAUGCAGCUGGCUGCGAUGGAACGAAAAUAGACAGAAGCAACAUCGGCUUCACUAUCAUUUUUAUUUUUUGAAGCAGGAACAGGAAGUGGCUUAGAUGUCAGACAUUUUAAAAGAAAACAUUUUAAACUAUUGCUUUCUUUAGCUUGGUAAAUACAGACCUAAACUGUAUACUGUACACUGGAUCUACCUUAUAAAGCCACCAUGCAGUGACGACCAGAUAGAAAAGCCGGCUUUGUUACAGCAGACAGCUGUGUGUGGAAAAGCAACCUGUCUUGUCAACUCUGCCGGGGGCCUGCUGUAGAUAUGAAGCUGCCCAAUUCCCAGCGUUGCUUUGGCCCAAACGUUUACCCAGAGGUCCCUGAUGGCGGCUGGGGCUGGGCUGUGGCCGGGGCCUUCUUCUUGGUGGAGGUGUGCACUUAUGGGACCCUCAAGAGCCUGGGUGUGUUCCUCCAGGAUCUGAUGGAAGAGUUUGGGGAGAGCAACAGCCGAGUGUCGUGGGUCAUCUCCAUCUGUGUUUUCAUCUUUACCUUCACUGCCCCCCUGUCCACCAUGCUGAGCAACCGCUUCGGCUAUCGCCCUGUGGUGAUGAUGGGAGGCUUCCUCAUCAGUCUGGGAACCAUCACCUCCGCCUUCACCAACUCCAUCAAUGAGAUGUACAUCACCAUCGGCAUUGUCUCAGGCCUCGGCUACUGCCUCACCUUCCUUCCCACCGUCACCCUCCUAGCCCAGUACUUUUCCAGGCGGCGAGCCCUCGUCACCUCCGUCGCAUCGUCCGGAGAAUCCUUCGCCCUAUUUGCAUUUGCUCCAGCCUUCACUGCACUGAAGGAGCACAUUGGCUGGCGCUACUGUCUGGUUAUCCUUGGCAUCUUUCAGCUUUCUGUGAUUGGUUGUGGGCUUCUCCUUCGUCCAAUCAUCAUUAAGCCAGAGCCUGUGAAGGAGGACAGUGAGUCAGACAAAGAGCCUCUCUCUUUGAAGCAGCUGCAGGCUGUGUAUCAGCUGGAAAACGAACAAACCAGAACCUCCAUCAGUUCAGCAGUGUCACAGGGGUCAGAGGACUCAGGUGUCACCUCCCUCUCUGCUUCCAACGUAGACCUGCGGACAGCAGGGGCUGAAAGCCAGGUUCUGAUGAAGUGGGCGAUGCAGGACAAAGAGGUCCUGGAGUCUCCCACCGCAGUCACGAAAAAGGAUAAGGGCGAACUAGCAACUGCAGAGGCGGGUCCUCUCCAGCCCUCCAGCCCCAGACUCCUGGACUUCUCUGUGCUUAAAGACCCUGCCUUCAUCUGGUACUCCCUGUUUGGCUUGUUCGCCACGCUGGGUUUCUUCGCCCCGCAACUCUACGUCAUCGAGCUGAGCAAGAGCCGGGGCGUGGAGCCCAGCAUGGCCUCCUAUAUGCUCUCUGUGAUGGCUGUGGCUGAGAUCUUCGGCCGACUGUCCAUCGGGGUGGUGCUGAGCAAAGUCCGCUGCAGGAAGACCCUGGUGCUGCUGGGCUGUGUGGUCCUGCUGUGCCUGGUCCUGGUGGCGUUCGCUCUCGUGUGGGAGUUCUGGGGCCUAGUGGUCUGCUGCGCCCUCUACGGCUACUUCAUGGGCACCGUCGGCUCCACUCACAUCCCAAUGCUGGCCGAGGAGGACGUGGUGGGCAUCCAAAAGAUGGCAUCAUCUGUGGGAGUGUACGUCUUCAUCCAGAGCUUCGCUGGGCUGGCAGGGCCACCGCUGGGAGGUGUUUUGGUGGAUGCCACCAACAACUAUGGUGCCGCCUUCUACUCCUGUGCGGUGGGCAUGGGCUUUAGUGCCAUCUGCCUGGCUCUGGUCGGCCCGGCCAAGUCCGGCAUGUGCCAAAAGCAGAGUGGGAAGAAAGAGGAAAGCAGGAGCACGGAGGAAGAGGAGAAAACAUCUCAGGACAGUGGCCAGAUGGACUUUUUGGAAGUGGACUUGGCCCCGGAGGACAGUCCCAUCAGACAGGCUGCAGAUCGGGACGCUGCCUCCGUAAUAUGAAGCUGACUUCAUCACCUUACACCGACGACUGCACCGCCUGAGCCAACAACAAAUACAGCAACACACGCAGUUGGAACCAGCAGCUGCGUUCAGUGUUGCUGUAUUUGUGCCGCCAGACCAAAGGCACAUCCAUGCCGAGCACAUGGUGUCACAGAUUUCUGUACCUCGAUCUCAGGAAAGAAGUGUUGUUGUCAUGGAUACUGAAGCGUGUUAGUUGAACUUAAUCUCGGACGUCUCAGUUCCUCAAAUGCAUCUGCAGGAGAGGGGAGGCUAGCCGGAGGAGCUAUGAGCGUGGAUGCACAGGUGUGUCCAUGACGAUGAUGUGCCAACAUGACAUGUCAUCAAAAAUCCGUGAUAUCAUGUUCCUGCUCGUGUGGAGGUGUGCAUCCUCAUUAAAGCCCCCCCAACACCCUCACGUGUUUUUCUAUUCAACAGCCACAUGACCCAUUACGUCUUAAGCAAGAGUGGAACACACACCUCUUGCAGCUUUAAACUGUCAUUCCCCUCCAAAAACAAAGAGCAGACAAUCUACCUGCACUCCUCAGACGCACAGAGAAUGAUUCCACUGCUGCUAAAGCUGGAAACGCAGCCUCCUAUCUGAUGCUCUUACGCACAUUCAUGCCAUUGAUGUGGAACUUCUACCACUGUGGUAACUGAAGCAAUACUGCACAGUGAGUUCCAGCUCAGUGUCUGUACACGGAUCCAGUACUCUGUGACUCCACUGGACGUUUCACUGCACAAGCCUCAGAGACUUUCCUUUGUUUUGCACUGCUUUGGUUUAAGACCAUCGGCUGUAUGUCGUUUACCACGUUGUCAUGAUCCUGCUGACUCACUGUAAUCACCUCGUUAUAAGUAACAGCAUACAAAUUGAAAAGCAAUCAUGAUUCAAUAGAAGAACUGAGUUUACAGUGAUUUAUGUUCCUCUGCAGUGGCUAACUCAGUAAAGUGUGGAACCAGAGACGGUCAGUGGUGGAAGAAGUACUCAGAUGUUUUACUUGAGUAAAAGGAGCAUUACUACAGUAUAAAGCUGCAACAGUUAGUCAACUAUUAAAUUAAUCUCCAACUAUUUUGAUAAUCGAUCAAUCGUUUUGAGUCAUUUUCAGAAUGUUUGCUUUCUUUAGUCCUCUCUGGCAGUAAACUGAAUAUCUUUGAGUUCUGAACAAAACAAAAUAUUUGAGGACGUCACCUUGGGCUUUAGGAAACACUGAUCAACAUUUUUCCAAACAACUAACCAAAUAAUUGAGAAAAUGAUCAACAGAUUAUUCAGGAAUGAAUAUAAUCGGUAGUUGCAGCCCUACUAGUGUAGAAAUACUCUGUUACAAGUAAAAGUCUUCAAAAAAGUACAAAAGUAUCAAAAUAUACUUGAAGGUCUCGUGUGUAGGAUUUAGUGACAUGUAGCGGUCUAGUUGCAAAUCUCAACUCCCUCGGUUCAUUCAAUAUAAUUCAAUUCAAUUCAUUUUAUUUGUAUAGCGCCAAUUCCUAACAGAAGUUAUCUCAGGACACUUUUCAAAUAGAGCAGGUCUAGACCGAACUCUUUAUAUAGAGACACACAGCCCUAUCUGGAGCCAACAUGGUGGACCCAACCGUAGAUUUGUAGAUAAUGUCUCAUUGUAAGGUAACAAGAACCCAAUGAUUCCUACAUCCAGGUGCUUACACACUAAUGAAAACAUAGCAUGAAUAUUAUAUUCCAUUUCUGAUAAUAGAUGCUCCUAAAAGUUACACACUGGACCUUUUUAAAGCACCAAAAGUGGUCGUAUGUAUUAUCACUUUAAUGUUGCAGUUGGUAAAGGUGGAGCUCAUUUUAAUGACUUCAUAUACUGCCGGGUAGUUUAACCUACAAUAAUAUAUCACAAAUGAUUAGUUGACUUAUGAUUUAUGUUAAGUCAAAUAUAGUAUAAGUAGUAUAAAAUAGAAAUACUCAAGUAAAGUUGAAGUACCUCAUCAUUGUACUUAAGUACAGUACUUAAAUGGCCAAUGGAUUUUUGUUUUCAAACGAGAAAGCAAAAAAACGAUUUAUAAAAAGGGGAAUAAAAAACAGGAAACAGCUUCUUGUCUCCCAAUUUAGUUUUUUUCUCAUUUCAAAACCAAAUCUGCUGGCUGCAAAGUACACUGACCUUAAAUGUACUUACAUUCCACCACUGGAGAGGUUCCUAUACAGUUCAAUGUAUGCAAAGGUGUGAAGGAGGCUCCUCCUCCCAGAGUCUCCUCACCCACCACAACAUGACUUGAAGUUUAGUUCCCAAACCUUUCCUCAAUCAGCCUAUCACCUUUAUUUAAACUGUUUAUAACAAUAAUUUGAUGUUUGUUUUUUAAUCUAACUUUUUCAUUUUUUUUAUUUACUCAAGUGACAGGCAGGUCCCUGGCUAUAAGGCGCUGUCAUUACGUUAUAUAUUUUAUAAAUAAAAUCUCCUCCAAACUGA